AUGUCCAGAGUCGAGGAUUUUGAGGAUCCUGACCCCCGUUCCCAGCUCAAGGAAUUCCGCACAGACAUCUCCAUGGCGAUUGAUGAUCCCUUCCCACUGCUCUAUGGGUUGGUGGACCGCAACAUCAUCAGUGACCAAAUUCUGAAGGUGAGCUAUGGGAAGUAUAUUUAAUAAUGGUAUAUUUCAUAUUGAUAUGAGAGCUCUUUUGGAGAAAGUUUGAGCAUUUCAUGAUGUUAGCCUGGAAGGAGGUCAUGUACAAUUGUAAUAUUUUCUCUUCAGUACAUUGCCUUGUAGAUGGUCUCGCGUGACAGCCUUAACUGAUUUGGUUCUGGGUGCUGAGAAUACCUUGUAGAUCGUCUAAAUCGUAUUCUAUAAACAAAAAAAUCUGUGUAUGUUUCACUCGGUACCAUUUUCUACAUGGCACAUUGAAUGACAGUUGGUAGAGCACGGUGCUUGCAACAUCAGGAUAGUGGAUUCAAUUCCCGGCACCAUCCCUAAGUAAGAAUGUAUGCACGCAUGACUGUAUGUCGCUUUGGAUAAAAGUGUCUGCUAAAAUGUACUAUUAUUAUAAAAGUUUGCUAUGACCACCCAUAGGAUACCCUGGAUAGGGAGGGCAGAGAUGGGAUCCACAAGGCCAUGUACUCCCUGCUUUCCUGGCUCCUGGAGCAGAGUAGGACCACCAUCCAGGCCUUCUGGACCAACCUGGCCAAGGACUACAACCAGGACAGCUAUCCCAGACUGCAGGCCCUCCUGACCAGCAUUCAACCAGGUUGGUAACCCCAUUUUAAGCAGUUUCUCAACCUGUGGUACUAGAACCCCUGAGGGUCCUUGGUUUAUCCACAGGGGGUAUUUGGGAUAGUGAUCAAUUGCACAUGAGGGGGUACUUUGGGUUGAGCAAAACAUUUGAUUGAAAGGUUGAGGGAGUUGAGUUGAAGUGACAUAGGAGCGUUGCUUUAAUAUAAUUCUAAUUUAUUCUAUGGGUUGUGUUCCAUUUUGUCAGGUAGGGAGAAGGUGGGCUCCAAGCAGGGGAAGAGGUCCCCACGAGGGUCUCGAGAGUCCCACAGCAGGAAGAGGAGCCUGGGAGAGAGACACCACCCUCACCACUCUCAGCACCACAGCAAAAGUAACAACAGUUCAGGUGUGAGACAAGUUAUUGUACCAGAUACCCAUUAUAAUGCAAUCCGUAGCCUAGAUGCCAACUAGUUGUACUACAACAUACUCAAAACUCAAGUUUUUCUAAACCAAGCUCAUUAUACAUGUUUUGGUGUCAUUGUUCUAGGUGGCAAAGUGAAGUCAGUGAGGAAGAGUGAAGGCGCUGCAGUGGUCUCUCAGAUACCUGCUGGAAAGGGUAAUCAAAUCUGUGUUAUAUUCCAUUCUCUGUUUGUGAUUCUGUUAUGAUUUGAGGAAGGAACAAAGUAUUUGAUAUCAGCAUCAAUUUAUCAACAUCAUCACUAUAUAACUGACCUGUGCUAUUACCAUUUAGCAGGUGUCCAGGCGGUGUCCACCUCGGUCCAGAGGGCAGUCACUCUGUCGUCCAGUGAGCUGCCGGUCAGUUGCGGGGCCAGAGAGGAGAUCCUCAUCAAACAGGUGUUUGGAUCUGGUGAGUAACGCUAGAAUCACAACACUAUCCUGACCACAACCCUAACCUGAUGACUGUAAACCUUGUAUUGUAAGUUGAUAGGAGUGCACAGUAAAUAUGUAUUGCAGUUUCACUGUAAAUAUGUAGCCUAUUGCACUUCCAUAUUAAUUUUAUUGUGUAUUAUUCUAUGUUUUUAUGUAUUAUGUACCUUGUCUUUUUAAACACAUGACCAAAUGAAUUUCCCCCUGGUGGGAUACUAAAGUUGAUUUUAAUCUUAUCUAGCUAGCCGUCAGCCAAAUAACCUCCACAGACACCAUAAGACACCAUCUCACCAUAUCAGGUUUUAUUGUAGGCAUUUAAAUAUUAAGAACAAAAGUGGAGAGUAGGACUACAUUUUGUUGUCCUUCUACAGGAAGUGCCAAAAAGUGCAUUAAAGUGGGUGGUGAGUAUUACACCUCUGGGCCAUUGGAUGAGCUGACUGGAGGACACAAGACAAAGACUGCGAAGACUAAAUACCACCACAAGGAGGAGUCCAGCACAAGGGUAAGAGACGUAAGUGACUGUUCAAGCAAUACAGUUCAAGCAGUACAGUAUGACCACCAAUCACUGUAUGAUUUUCUCAGGUAAAUAACAAAUCAUUUUGAGAGGGAGUGUGUUUCUGUAUUUGCCUCAUCUAGUUGACAAGGAAAAUGCACAUUCAUCAACAGUUCAAUUUAUUUUCACAUUGAAUUGAAAUAGAUGGUAUAUGAAAGAUGAGUGUCUAUCAGUGUGUGUGUAUGUGUGUGUGUGUGUGUAUGUGUGUGUAUCCAGGCCCAGCGUAAUGAUGAUGAGUGUGCAGUGUGUAAAGAUGGAGGUGAGCUCAUCUGUUGUGAUGGCUGUCCCAGGGCAUACCACCUGACCUGCUUAGACCCUCCCCUCACCACAAUACCAAGGUAUACUGUAUGUGGCCAUAAUCCUUACUUGACUUCUGUGCAUGUAUAUAUAUAUUACAUUAGUCUAAAAACAGUCCAAAUCUUUCAUAAGACCCAAGGUUUGGGACUCAUCUCUGUUCCUUUCUCUAGUGGCACUUGGCGCUGUCAAUCAUGCCGUAGCAACAAGGUGAGGGAGAGAAUCUACCCAGUACUACCUGUUCAGGUCAGUGUCAAAAGUUGGUCUUUUCUUUAAUACCAUCUCAUUUUACUUCCACUAUUAUUACUACUACUACCACCCUAAAGGUAUGACAUUGAGGUAUAAUGGUUCUACGUCAGUAUAACAUUAAGGUAUAACGUUUCUAACUCAGUAUGACACUGAUGUAAAAUAGUUAUACCACAGUAUGAUAUUGAGGUAUAAUGGUUCUUCCUCAGUAUAAUGGUUCUACCUCAGUAUGAUAUUGAUGCAUAACGGCUCUAUCUCAGUAUGAUAUUGAAGUAUAACGGUUCUACCGCAGUAUGAUAUUGAGGUAUAACAGUUGUCGUCUUCUCUCCCAUAGCCCUUGGCUCAGAGCCAGUUGACAGAGACCAGCUCCAGUAACUCCACCAUAGACUUCUCCUUCUUCUCCACCUCUCUCUCCAGCGUCACCGCAACCAAGAGCAGUCAGGUCUCUGCAUAUCAGGUGAUUCUUUCUUUAUUUUUGUUGUUCCAAUUUUCUAUUCCUCUUUUCUCUAUUUUUCUUCAAACUGUUCUUGUUAUCGUUAGUCAUUUCAACGUCUCUUUCAGAUUAUUCUGUGCAGUUUUUGAAGGUAGCAAUUUAUAAUAACACCUUGUAAUAAAGCGUUUAUAAUGAUUAGUAAAUAGUUUAUUCAUCAUUUAUUAAUCAUUACUUUAUGUUUGUGUUUUGAGUGACCAGUGUCAUUUAUCUCAAAAAGAUGGACAUGCCAUUGGUAGACAUUCCAGCAGUACCUGAUGCUCCUUAAAAUAGCCUAGAACAUAUCAAUGGUUAAAGAAUAAGCACACAACACAGGACGUUUGAAAUAAAUAAAUAAACAAUUUUAUUCACAAAACUGUUGCAAGGACAUGAGGAAGAGUUGUAAUGCAAAUGUUUUGCUAAUGUUGUCAACCUCGCAAACAAAUCACAGGGAGAUAGCCUACACACAACAGCUGGCCAGACCGGCCCAUUUUCUCUAGUGGAUUUUUAUUCCUUCAUUCCAAAUUAUAUGUGAUUGAGGUAGAAUGUUAUAUGUAUGACUUGCAGGUAGAAAUGUGGCAUGUAUAACCUUUAAAUGCUUCCAGUGCUUCAGUCUUUUAACCACAGACUAUUUUCACACUUUGCUUUGUUUGGAGGCACUUUUACUAGGACUUUAGAAGUAGUAACUCUUUAAACGUAAUGUGAUGGCAGUCUAUGGACUGCUCCAAGGAGUGACUGCAAUCAACACUUUGGUUUGGGUAGAAAAGUCACUGCCAAUAAAUGCUAAUAUUAGCAUUUUCUGACGAAAAACGUUACUUUACUCUGCAUAGAAUAUGUCUGAAGUUACACAUCACACUAUUACAACAGUGUGACUGUCUUGAAUCCAAUGUUUAAUAUAUUGCCUUAAACAUCUUCUGUAUUGUGGGCUUAUUCUUUUACCAUUGAUAUGUUCUGGGAUAUUUUGAGACCUUAAAGAGCGUCAGGUACUGCUGGAAUGUCUACCAAUGGCAUGUCCAUCUUUUUGUAAGAAAUUACACUGGUCAAUCAAAAGUAUAAAUCGCUCUCACUUUAGAUGAGGCCCUGCAAAAAUACUUUACUAAUGAUUAGUAUAUGGUUUAUAAGGACCUAUAUUAAACAUCUUAUGCAUGAUCUUAUGACUCAUUAUCACAUAUUUUAAAAGUUGUUUAUAAAUAUUUCUACAACCGGUUGGUCAAAACAAGCAUUAUGAUUGGUUGAGACGUGUUCUAAGCCAUACAAAGAAACCUGUUUAGUACGGGUAAGCCCAUGACGCAAAAAUGUGCAUCUUGUUUUCUGUUCCAUCUGAGAAAUCCCUGCGCAUCCACUGUCCCAUCAGCCCUGCCAGCCAAAUCAUUAACUUGAUCGCCACUGUAAAAAGCAUCUAGACAUUAUUUCCCAUUGCUUCUAGCCUAACAUUUGGUUUGCAACAAUGGGGGUGUUUGUACAAACGUUGCUGUAUGUCUUUCGACAUUUGCAACAUUGUUUCAAUACUGAAAUCGAUCUCCACUGUCCUAUUAAGAAUUCACGUGUCAGGACGAGACGGACAUCUUUUCUCAGCCAGUCGAAAUCAUGAAUCAGCAUAAUUUUGAUGGAUAUAUACAAAGAAAUGUCAAUAGAAGAACAGGUCAAACGAAAUGAAAUGCAGCUACUUUGCUGUGUUAGCCAUAGUUAGCUAGCUAGCAAGCAAGGGAUAAGAGCGUUGCCAGCCAGCGUGGCAACAGAACAUUUAGAACAAACGACUGGGUUGCGUCCAUAGAUAUAGAACAAAAAGACUUCAUGACUGGUUUGCUAUCUUACUAGCUUCAGUUUGAACUGAUUGCAUUAUUCUAUGCCAGGCGAAAUCACGCAUCAUUAGCUCAUUGUUAUGGUACAUAACUUAAACAAACGCAAAUGCAGCUACUUUGCUGUUAUUUUAGCUGCACUGUCUAACCUGACUGUGGUAGCCGUAGUUGGCUAGCAAGGGAUUAGAGCGUUGCCAGCCAAUGAACGACUGAUAUAGAUAUAGAACAAAAAGACUUCACGACUGGGUCGUGUCUCUGGCAACCUAACCGAUAGAAUGAACGGCCAGACGGCCUGGCUAGAUGUGUUGGGACUAGGCCUAUAUUUUCACUGAGGGAUGAAAUAGUAGCCUAUGAAUAUAUUUCUAAAAAUAAUGUUUUUUAUUUAAUUGGUAACCUGUAUUAGAAAAGCAAUUGUACACUCGAGGUUGUGCAAAACUACUUUUUUAGCACGGCUGUGUAAAAAGCAUGCAUUCUCGUGUACAAUUGCUUUAGUGAAUAACUGGCUUACUAACAAUUACAAAUGUGGGAGUAAUGAUUAAUAGAUGAUGAAUAAACUAUUUACUAAUCCAUUAUACAUGCUUUAUUACAAGGUGUUAUUAUAAAGUGCUGCAGUAUGCAAACAGUGUGUGUGUGCAUGCAUUUGUGUGUACCAGUGUGCAGGUGGCGAGGUGGUGGAGGUCAGGGAGAUGUGUGGGGUUUGCCUCCUCAGUGGAGGAGACCUGACCCUCUGUCUCCAGUGCCUACAGAAGUAUCACACCUACUGCCACUUCCCAAAGUAAGACCACCUCUACAUCCAUCUUAUCCCACCUCUGAGUAUUAUUGUUUUAACCAUCAAGUCAUAUCUUCUGUUUCUGAUAGUGUAUUCACCAAUUCAAUUGAUGUUAUAAGCUGCACAUCUAUUUUCUAAAUGUAGCAAUGUACUUUACUGUACAUCAACUGAAAGUUUGUGGAUAAUUUGUGUGAAGCUAAUGGGUACUAAUGGCUAGUAAUGGAACGUUCAACAGUAUAUUAGUCAGCAUUCCUCUGUCUUUGUCUUUGACAGUGGGAGGUCCAUCUGCUCCUCCUGCAGUAGGCCUUGGGGCAUCUCAACAGACAGAGAAGCGGAAUCCAAGGGCUUACAGGUACAGUGUGUGUGUGUGUGUGUGUGUGUGUGUGUGUGUGUGUGUGUGUGUGUGUGUGUGUGUGUGUGUGUGUGUGUGUGUGUCUGUGUCUGUGUCUGUGUCUGUGUCUGUGUGUCUGUCUGUCUGUCUGUCUGUCUGUGUGGUCAUUAUACAGUCUUAUUUUCUCUCUCCACCACUGUACACCCAGGUUGGUCCAACUCCACACACUCAGGAGUACUCCUCUCUCUCAGAGCCCAUCCUACACAAGGAUGAACUAGACUCCAUCAUGGGAGAGGUGAAUAGGACUUCAACCAGAAUUUCAUGUGAAUCAAGAUCUAGUUAAAAGUGAUAUAAGAUGUGAAUAACAUGUCAUUACAUCUCUAAGCUAUUUCAUAUAGAGAAAGAUACUAUCUCUCAGUAAUAGACAAUAGACAUGUCUGUGGCAGGUAACUAUUAUUUAAUGAUAUUCUGUGUUUGUCCUCUUUCAGCAGGGCUCCAUAGAUGGGAUCCUGCAGUGGGCUUUCCAUAACAUCUCCAGGCCUCUCUCGGACACUCAGGGCUACUUUCAAUGA